AUGCGUGCCACCUUGUCUCUACGCAGCACGGCAGGACAGGCAACCCGCACCGUAGAAGAUCUGGAUCCAGAUCCCAAAAAUGGAACUUUUUUUGUCCGAUACAGCAGUACAUAUCCUUUCAAGAGUCACAACGUCAAUGCCUUGGAAAGAGAAGAUCCAGAGCUUCAGACAUGCCAGCAUCAAUGCAGGCAUCAAGAGCGUUUCGACGAGAGAGAACAGAGAGAAUGUGAGCAAAGGUGUGAAGAGUACCACAAGGAGAAACAAUGGCGACAACGCGAACGAGAAGAUGAAGAAGAAGAAGAAGAAGAAGAACAAUACGAGUAUAACCCUUACUUGUUUGAUGAGGAAAGCUGGAAGACUACCAUUGAUGAAGAAGAAGGCAGAGUUAGGGUUCUAGAAAGGUUUACCAAGAAAUCGAAGCUCUUACGAGGGAUUGAUAAUUUUAGGGUAUCAAUCUACGAGGCAAACCCUAGAACCUUCUCGGUGCCUAACCAUUGGGAUGCUGAGAGUGUCUCUUUCGUUACUAGAGGAUAUGGGACGAUCAGCCUUGUGAAACAUGAUAAUAGAGAGACGUUCAACAUUAAACGUGGAGAUAUCUUAAGGAUCCCUGCUGGUACUAUUGUCUACUUGGUCAACAAAGACAAUCAUGAAAAGCUCCAAAUCAUAGAUUUCGUCCAUGCCUUCUCUGUUCCAGGUCACUUCGAGACAUUUUUCGGCCCAGGAGGCGAAGGAAACCCUGAAUCGUUUUUCAGGGCAUUCAACAUUGAGAUUCUCACUGCUGCUUUCAGUGUAUGCAGGGAGAAGGUGGAGAGGUUGUUUGGGCAAACGAAGAUGGGAGUGUUCUUGAGAGCUUCAGAGAAGCAGAUAAGGGAAUUGACCAAACACGCUUCGUCGUCGGAAGGUGGGCUGUGGCUUUUUGGAGGAGGAAACAAAUCGAGUGGAGCCUUUAACCUGUUCGACAAAAAGCCCUCCAUUUCCAACAAUUACGGAAAGCUCCACGAGGUCAAGCCUCACGAGUUCAAGGAUCUCCCGAAGCUCGAUGUCGGGGUUUCCUUUGUCAACAUCUCCCGUGGAGCAAUGGCUGGACCGUAUUUCAACACUAGGGCAGUGAAGGUAGCAGUGGUGGUGCAAGGUAAAGGGUUUUUCGAGAUGGCGUGUCCGCACGAACAUCAAGAGGGGCAGUGGCAGAGGGAGAAGGAGAGUGGGCCCCAUUAUCACAAAGUUAGGGGAAACAUGUCGCCUGGUGUGGUGUUUGUUACACUGCCAGGUCACCCCGUGGUGGUGGUAGCAUCGAAUGAUGAGAAUCUCCAAGUCGUCGUCUUUAAGAUCAACUCUGAACAUAACGAGAGGAUACCGGUUGCAGGGAACGAAAACGUAAUACAACAGUUGGAGAAGGAAGCCAAGGAAUUGUCCUUCGGAUUGCCAGAGAAAGAGGUAGAUGAGGUUUUUAACAAUCAAAGGGAAUCUUACUUUUUCCCUGGGCCCCACCAGAGACAGAGACAUGGUGGUGGUCGUGCUUCUGCGUGA